UUUCGUUUUGCCGUGGAACCGUUUGGCGGCGGCCCGCAAGCGACGUGCGCGUUCUGAAUAUUUGGAAAAUGUCGAGUAGCAGCGCGUUCGUGGUUCUAUUUUGAUUUACGUCUUUAUGUGUUACCGUUACGUUUGCAUAUACAUACAUAGAUAUAACGUUGUUACAACGCUGCAGCGCCAUCUAGCGCUGGUCGACCUGUUGCUGUCGUUGUUUUUGCCUAGUUUCCAAUUGUGUGUGUCCAAAACUUUGACUGGCCAUAUCCGCCGGAAGCACCUUAACGGGCCAGAACAAGUGCAAAGCCCCUGAACUGAACUGAACCAAACUGAGCUCCACUGAGCCCGGCUGAGCUCUCUAUAGCUCCCCAAAUGGCAGACUAAACAAUCGAUACAUUGGGCAAGACUUUGUGGCAAUUAUCAACAUGUCAUUGGACAAUCCGUGUUAUUUCAAUGAUGCCAAAUCGCCCCGCACGCCGGACUCGCAGUCAUCCGGCAAGGGCUUCUCGAUAUUCAAACGCCGGAACUCUAAGGGCAGCAGUCCACGACCCGCACUGGCCGCCAAUCCGGAACAGAUGCGUCUCAUCACAUCGGCCAAUCUGGAUACGACAGCAACGAUGGCCUUUGGCAGCCCGCGCGGCAGCUUCAACUCUCUGGGCGGUUUCUCACAACAAUCGUUUGAACUGCAGCCGUUGAUGUAUUGCCAGCGCUCAUCCAAUUCGCAAUCGGAGUCGUUUCGCGAACGGCUCGGCUCCUGCAAUGAGACGCACAGCUCCCAUUGCCCUGGAGGCGGCGCCGAACACGACGAGGUCUUCAAUGCAAGCAAAUCCCAGCGCCAUCACACGCUGCCAAGCGGCGGCACACGUCGUCACUCGUUCGGCAACUGGGCACAGCAGCCGCCGCAGCAGCAGCAGCAGCAGCGCCAGUUCAACACAUCCGCAUCCACAUGCACAUCGCCAUCGAUUGGACCCAGCUCGCCGGAUGAGGUGCCCAGCAUGCUGGCCCCGCGUCCCCCCGUGCUAUCGCCGAACAAAUUUCGCGGCUCAUCCUAUCGUCGAAGAGACAACUGCGGCAACGUGAACAACACAAACGGAUCUGCUUCUGCCACCGGCUACGGCUUCAGUCAGCCGGGCUACAACAUGGACGACAUACUGAUCAUCACUGCCAAGCACAGCGAACGCGCCUAUCUGCGCGCCACUUUCCUGAAGAACCAUUUCGACAAGAUCACCAAGCAGCGCGGACGCAAACCAUUCAAUUUUCUGCACAUAAAAAUUGAUGAUGGCCCCUUCAGCGAGGAGAUCGCUCAAAAAUAUCAAAAUACGGCGCUGCAAAUUGUCAUUCUGUGCCCAGCCCUGUUGGCACUGCCACACAGUUUCCUGAUGGCGCAGCUGACAUCGAUAAUACGCGUGGAGAAGGUGCUGGCCAUAUUGCUGGAUGUGGGCGAAGAUAAGGUCAAGGAGAUGCACAAGACGGCGCUGCCCAACUAUUAUAAAUGGCGUCGCUGCGUGGUGCGGGACAACGAUCAGGCGCAGAUCAGUCACAUUUUGGGCAUAGCCACCGAUAUAUUGGGCCGGGCGCUGUGCCAGCGUCCGCCCUGUCAGGAUAGCAGCAAUAGCAACAACAGCAGCAUCUCGCGCAGCAUGUCCAGCUGCUCGGAGGGCUUUACCGUGCUGCCCAAGAAGGUCAAGCAGGGCCAAAAUAAAGUGUUGGCCAUACUGUCCGAGCCGCUGAAGCCGAACGACACGCUUAAGCUGCUCGUGGAGAAGUCGGGCGAGCUGCUUGAGGUACGGAAUUUCAAGUGCCGCAAUCCUUACACUGUCCAGUUCGCCAUACCCGAAUCCUGCAUGGAGAUAUCCACCAUGAUUGAAAUACGCAUCGAGAAGAACAACAAGAGCCUCGGCGCACGUCCCAUCAAAUGCGAGAGUCGCCUGCGUGAAUUGGAGCAGCUGCUGCGCGUCGAGGACUCGCCCAUUGAGUUCAUGUGCCAUGCCCUGGGCGUGGGUCCUCUGGAGCGCGAUGCAUUGGAUCAACAUUUGCUGCAGUGCUUCCAGCGCAAUAUGCCGCCCAAUUUCCAUCUGCUCAACGGACCCAGCGAGCGCCAGCCGCACUUUUUCACACGCCUCGAGUCCAGUCCCGAGGAGUAUCCAACACUGUUGCACUUCGCCGCACGCUGGGGCCUCAAUCGGCUCUGCCUGCAGCUCAUGGAGUGUCCCGGCGGCGACACGGCCUGCGGUGUGCGCAACUGCGCUGGCCGCACGCCCGCUGAGCUGGCCGAGCAGGAGGGUCACCAUAAGCUGGCCCAGAAUCUGAUCAGUUUCUCGGAGUUUCACAAUCUCACAAUGGUCUAUCACUACUUCAAGGGCGUGGACAAUGCCAGCAGCGGCGCCAGCAGCCCGGGUGCCCAGACCAAGCCGUGUGGCAGCAAGGGCGCCCAGGUGGUCAUCGGAGCACUGCCAUCGUCGCCCAGAAGCAAACCACCCAAGCAGCUGCCCACGGCAGAGUAUAUGGAAAUGUCCAGCGGCUCGGAGCGCGAGAAUACGCCGGAGGUGCGCACCAAAACUGAGACAAUGGCCAUAUCGAAUCUCAACUACAUCAGCGUGGAGACCGAGGAUGAGAAUCUAGAGAGCUGCGCCACAGAGAAGCAUCUGGAGUCCAGCAAAGUGCUGGAGCCGGCAACUGGACCCGAGCAAACCACCAACGAGCUGCGCAUCAACGAACCGCCAUACUAUCAAUCCAAAGAGCAAAACAAAUCCGAGGAUGUGGUAGAUGGAGCAGCCAACUAUCAGACCACAGAUAAGUUCAGCCAGGAAUGCUCACAGCUGCUGGAGAACCAGGCAAUGGCCGGCAACGAUUACGUGAUGCAGCCCUCCAACAUACCAGUGCCGCCCGUUGUGCCCGAUGAUGGCAACUAUCUGUUCCAGCCCUCCAAUCGGCCGGUGGAGGAACCGCUGCGCCUGAGUCGCUCCACAACGCGACUGCCUCAGACCAAUAACAGCUAUGGCACAUUGAAGCGCAGCGCGAGCGAUGCCUCCAGCAGCACGCGGGCCAAUGCCGACGACGAGCUGGCCGAGAUUAUGCACGAUUUCAAGAACAAUGUGCUGUCCAUACAUGAUGUGGAGCUGCUCGUCGAGAAGUGGAAGCAUCGUAAUGAUGUACAGCAAAGCUUCCGCGAGAAGCAGGAGCAGAUCGAUCAGCUGCGUCGCGAAUACGAGCGCAUACAUGAGCAUGUCAGGUCACAGCUAAAACGCGAGACGCCCUUUGAGCGCAUCAAGAAGCUCUUCUCCAGACAGAAGCCACAUGCCGCCGUCGAGAAGCAGAGCAGCUGUGCGGACAGUCUGCUGGACGAGACGAAGAGCUCUAUUGCGACCAACUGCAGCCUCAAGUCUUCGGCGCGUCCCAUUAGCUCGCUGAGUCUGCAGAGCGUUUCCAGCUCGAGCUCCUCCUCGGGCCGUCUCAGCACGGGCAGCAACUGCAGUGGCGCCUCGCUGGGCGACUCUGGCACACAUUCAGAUCAUGAGGAGCGUCGUCAGUUUGGCUGCCGCCUGGGCACGCCCGGUUCGCUGAUGGAUAACUAUUUGGUGCCGCCGCCGCCGCGUCCAGUUUUUACGCCGGUGUCAACGCCAGGCGAUGAACGGCAUCAGAUUGUGUUCCCCUCACCAAUGUCCAGCUGCCAGCGCCUACACACGCCCACCAGUCCCACUGGCUCCGAUCACUAUCAGAUGUUUCCAUCGAAUAUACCCGUCUACUGCAAUGGCAGCCAGCCGCUGUCCACAUCGCAGAGCAGCAGCUAUCUAAACACCAUUAUGGAGGCAAAGGAACAGGAUACGCAGCACUACCAAAACGGUGUCACCCUGCAGCCCAUCAAGCUGAACGAGCGACCCAACAUCAUCUAUGGCAAACUCACCAAGAGCCACUCCAGCAGCGGCUGCAGCUCGUUCAAGCCCAAACAGGUUGCCUGUCCGCAGGUGGGCAGCAUCGAGGUGCAGGCUGAGGUCUAUCAAAAUGUGGGCAGCCCAACGGAGGAGGCGACAACCCCGGAAGUUCCGGUCAAGGAACAAUCCAACGAGGCGCCCAACUACAUGAACUGCUAGGCCUUGUUUCGUGUAUUUCUCGUAGCUGCAUAAGUUUUCAUAUGAUAUAUAUAUAUCUAGCCUAAGCUUAAGUGCAUAUAUAAAUUCGAUAUUGCUGGAAUGAGUAUAAACUAGUUAAACAAACGGUUGUAAUCAGCCGCAAAACAUAUUAUAAAAUAUUUCUCGACUACAUUUAACUCACUAACUAAGUAUGUAACUUUUUUUAAUAUACAUGCAGCAACAUAUUGUAUUAUCUUUAGCUAUCGUUCUCGAUCUUUGAAAUGUACAUUAUUUUGAAACGAUUGCAAGCAACCAAAAUAACAUAUCAGAUAGUCUUAGGCCGGGUCUCGAACCAACGAAUUGCAUGUUUGUAAUUCUAGAUCUAAGUACUCCCCCCCAUUUGUAUUAAGCCUAGCAUGCAGCUGAGCAUGAAAAACACAUAUUUUUCGCACAAAGUUAAAUGCAAUAAAUUGAAUUCUUUAAGCAA